AUGACCGAUCAUCAGGAGCCCGCUCGGAAGCGCUCCCGAGUCGCCUGCGUGUCAUGUCAAUCGCGCAAACGUAAAUGCUCCGGCGACCAGCCAUGUACCACCUGCUGUCAAUUCGGCGUCGACUGCCAUUAUGAUUUGCUGUCGCGCAAGAAGAAAGACGUCAGAUCUUUCCGACCGCCGUCGGGCUCCGGUAGCAUUCUGGAUGAACCGAUUGCCUCCAAGCCUCAGGACCAGGCCCAGCCCCCAGCGGUCCCUGGGGUUGAUCUCAGCUCGCUGGAAGCCAAUUCCGGCGCGGCCUUCGUGCGGAGAUUGGGACUGAAGAUCGACCCAGCCAAUGCGCCCCGACUUCAUAUGUUUGCGUGGAACGUCGGGGCGCGCCAUCCGCCGCCGCCGUCCAUGCCUCCCUCGUCAUCGCCCGUGGCGGUCCCCGUGACGGAGACGCUAUCGCAGGAUGAGAUGCGAGCCCUAGUGGCCAUCUUCUUCGAGAAAGUCGAUCCGUGUUAUGGGUUUAUCGAUCGCGACAGCAUCCUCCGGCAAGUGAGUCGGCGAUGGCUGCCUUCGUCCCACGAGUCCGCCUUGCCCUAUGGGCCGUACGAUGCGGUGCUCUGCGGCGUCGCAGCGUUCGGCUACCUCUUCUCCCGCCGCCAGGCCAUUCCGACGGAGCUGCAGCUGGUCGAAACCGCGCGGCUCAUCCUCGAGCACCACCUUCCCUCUGAAGCCUCGUCCGUCGACAUCGUCACCGGCAUGGUCCUCCGCGUCGGCUACCUGCGCAUGACCGCCACGCCGCACGCCGCCUGGAUGGCCAGCUGCUCCCUCAUGCACCUCGUCGAGGCCAGCGGCCUGCAUCUCGAGCAACUCCCAGACACCACGACGACCGUCCUGGGAUCCUCGCCGGAACACUGCGACCCGGAAACCCGCCGCCGACUCUACGGCAUGGCACGACAUCUCAACGUCUGGAUCUCCUUCGAGCUCGGACGCACGCGAGUCGUGCUACACGGUGCGACCUCCCUCUCCCCCACCCCGCGACCAACCGACUACACGACGGAGAUCUUCAACCUCCUCCCCCUCUCCGAGAGCCUCGACCCCAACAAAUCCCCAGACACAUCGGAACUGGAAACCGCGCUCGCCAACGUCCUCGACGACAUCCACAUCCAACCACCGUUAAUCCUCGCCCAGUGCAACCUCAUGCUCUGCAUCUACCGCCGCCUACGAGCCCUCAACUAUAUCAUCUCGGGGAAACUACUCGACCGGGUACUCAGCCUCGCGGGGAAAGGCCUCCGCGCCACGCGCGACAUGGUUGCCGCAAUCAGUCCCUGGCAUCAGGUGGCGAAUGUGCCGUUCCAAAUUGUCUGCACGCUCCUGGCGAUUGAUAAUCGGGCUUCGUUGGCGCUGCUGAACGAGGCUAUGCGUACUCUUCGGGAGGUCGCCACGGCGUAUGAUACGGCUGUUAUGCGCGAGGCUCAUAGUACGGCGUAUUUGCUUGUUCUGUUGCAUCAGCAGCGGAAAGAGGAAGAUACUAAGGCGUUGCGCGAUGUUUUAAAUACGAAUUCUUCUUCCGCUGCCGCGGCGGCGGCGGCUGCGCUUCCGCAGUUUGCUUCUCAGGCUGAGGAAAAUCAGCAACAUCAACAGCACCAACACCAGCAACAGCCACUUGCGACGGGAACAACGACAGCGACAGGGACCGGGACCGGGACAACCGAAUCCACACAUUCCCUAGCUGACUAUCCCGGAUUCUCAUGGCUCAGCGAUAUCCUAAUCGACAUCCCUGGUCUACAGCAAGUCGAUUUGGAUAAUUUCCUAUCUACAGAUCUACCAGGUCAGGGGCCGGGACAGGAGCAGGGACAGACGCAGCAGGACCUAGUAUGA